AUGUCAGAAUCAGAAGCAGCUCUCAACGGUGACGCGAUUCUCGCAACCUACCGACCAGCCAAAGCUGCCUUCGAACUGGCCAGCAGCAUCGAUGAAAACUCAACCCAGAAAUACAAAUCUGGUACCGCGCCGAAAUCGCACCGUUUCUCUCCAGCGCCGGUGUCAUCGGAAUGGUCUCUCGACCCGCAUCCCCGAUCGUCUUCUCGUUGUCCCUCCGAAGCGGAGAGCGCGCCUUUCGCUUCAAAAAUCAAAAUCAAAUUCUCAAUAUACCCAUCCGCCACUUCGCCCGAGGCGAGACCGGGUGUCAUCAAGUUUGCGCCGAGGGAAAUAUAUGGGCUGCCCACGGUUGAGGGCAGGAAGGACACCAUUGGCGGGGAACUCACGCUGCAGGUGCCAGCUGGCCCCCUGACCGUUGAAGUUGGUGUCGAUACGCCGUUCGCGAAUGGGUUCUGGAGCAGCCCGUGGAAGAAAAGUAAUCGUGCCGUCUUCCUGCGGGGGGUUACGAUGAGAGAGCAGCCACGGACGUCGAAGUUCGACGAGUUGACGCAGGAGGAGUGGAAAGCAUUGAUCCCGUAUGAGGAAGAGUGGGAGAGCCGGUUGACUGAUCAAGCCGUGAGGGUGGCACCUAUCCAGUCUUUGACGUUGAGUAAAUGA